AUGGCAAGAAGCAGACGAAAUUCUUUGGUUCAGAGCAUUGCCUCACACCCAGUUCCGUCAGACAGUCAAGCAAUACCAGGAAUAUUGGACGAUACCUAUCUAUUUUCCAAAUUGCAGAAACUGUCAUUGUCCCUGGAGGGUGAAAAUAUUGACAAUCAAUCAGCAAAUAGUGAAGAAAAAGUUGUUGAACCACCCAUGGAACCUGAUUCAAUGAAAGAUAAAUACCAAUAUUAUACGGCGUAUUUGGCUCAAUUAGAUGCAAAUAUCGAAGAACAUAAACUCGUUCUUGAUCAUACAAGAAAAGUUAGUGACCAAUUUGUAGAGGUGCUGGAAAGAUUCUCAGAGGUUUCACGUAAUACUUCUCAAUUUGUCACAGAAACGAAAACAUUAUAUGAUGACUAUAAGAAUAUGACUAAACUAAGUCAAUUGAUCCCUGAAAGUCUGAAAUAUUUCGACGUUCUGGACCCUAUCAUGCGUCGGUUGAAUCACGCUACUUCUCCAACGACUGUUAAAAGAGAUUCAUUCAAGAACAUGUUGGUUAGUAUCGAUGAAUCACUAAGAUUUUUAGAGGCACAUCCUGAUUUCAAAGAUACAGAAACAUAUAGGAUAAAAUUUAAGCAAUCUUUGAUUAGGGCCUGUGAAUUAAUUUCUACUUAUUUGAAGAAUUUAUUAAGGCAAUCUUUAAAUGACAUCAUGGAUAAGAAAUCAUCUCUGUCCACUGGGACCAGGGAUGCCUUACUCUACAAUAAAUUCGCUACUGUGUCUGAAUCAUAUAAAUUACAAGUAACAGAAAUUGUCAACAGAAUUAAUGAUGCCACUUAUGCAAGAUAUCAUGAUGAAAUGGAGUCUAUUUUAAAUGAAUGCUAUGAACAGUAUUUCCAAAUACGUUCCAAAUUAUUACGCGAUAUGAUAUGGGCCCAGUUGGAUCAAACGAUAAUUAAAGAUAAGGACGCCGCAUUGGAUAGAUUCAUUCAAGAUAACAAGUCCUAUUUCCAACAGCUAUGUACUAAUGAAUACAAUCUGUUUGUGAAGUUUUUCCCUGAGGACCAAUGUAGAUACAGGGUAAAUGAAUGGUUCUUACAAUUGUGUGAGCCUUUAUAUGAUUGUGUAAGAACAAGAGUUCUCAGAGAAGUUAACAUCCCUCAAUUAUGCGAUUCAGUUACAUUAUUUGCAAGGUAUUAUGAGUUUGAAGAGAAUUCUGAAGAAUAUCUUCGUCAAUUUAAAGACGUUCAAUUCGAUAAAGUCUUCGAACCAAUUGUACAAAAGUUGCAAGCGAGAUUGAUACUUAGAGUACAGGUAUAUGUGGAACAAUAUAUUGUGAAAUACCAGCCACCAAAGGAUGUGUUUAAGAUUACCAACAGAAGGGUGGUAGCAACAUCCAAUAAGAAUACUAAUAAUAAUACUCAAGAUGUUGAAAACGAGGCAAUUGUGAACGCAUACAUCGAAAAAUUUAACAUUAGAAAUCAAGAAUCUGACGGUACUGUUCUCGAUAUUAGAUCAUAUUAUCCACCUUUAGUUACAGCUCUGGCAUUACUAUCUAAAAUAUUUGAGAUGAUUAAUUCAGUUGUAUUUGACGAUUUAGCCCAUCAUAUUGUUCAUGAUUGCGUAUUUUCUUUAAGAAAGGCAUACAACAUAGCCAUUGAGGCAUCACCUAACUCUAACAAUUUUGAAGUGAAGUUGGCAUACAUGAAGAAUUUAUUGAUGUUUAAGGACCAAAUUCAGGAAUUUAAUAUUCAAUUUACUGUUCAAGAGACGUACCUUGAUUUUUCUGGUUUAGGUGACUUCUUUAAAUCUGUGAAAGAAAAUGGUAGAGACGCCUUGAAAAGAAGUGAUUCAUCAUCGAUGCUCAGUUUUGCAAGGGGUUUGGUUCCCAAAGUGGUUAAUAAUAUGGUAGAUGCUCGUUUUGAAUUAAUUCAUGAGUUAAGAUAUGUCAUUAAGGAGUUUACUGAUUGUGUUACAAAGGAUAUUAUUGGCGAUUGCCUUGAUCUGUCACCAGGCCAUUCGGGAAAUCUAUUAGCUAAGAAUAUUGAGCUGAGGGGAAAUAUUGAAAGAAAGAUCCCACAUUUUUAUAAUACCAUAUGUGAUUAUAUUAGUGAUCAUGAAAUUGUUGUUAAUUUACUGGAGGCAAUUCAAGAAGUUAUUAUUCAGGAAUACUCCAAUUUUUAUGAUCAAGUUAACGACCAGAUAGACAACGGUACGAUUCAAGUAGCUCAAGUUUCAGAAUUGAUGUUUGUGGACGUAUUUGCUGAUUUUUUCAACAAUGUCACUAGAAAAACAAUUAUUAAUGGAGGAAAUAAUGGUUUCGAUCAAGCUGAUGAUACUAGUCUCUCCAUAGCUGAGGAUUUAGAUACACAUAAAGAACAGGAAGUUCAAUAUGGUGAUAAAACUCCGAACGUUGAACAAGAUAUAGAGAAUGGUGACGCUCUGAUGGAGCUAGCCGAAGGAAAUAAUAACGAAGAUUUAAAUAAAGACAUCUUAAAGUCAAGUGAAGAGAGUGCUAAGGAAGAAAAGGUAGAGGAAAGGAUUCUUACCUAA